AUGGAGAGUGCCACUUUUCCCACACUGACUUUGAUGGUUCUCCUCCUCAGCUGGGUUUGUUAUGCUGACGAGGAUACAGAGGCUCUCUCCUGCCCAGACUACCAGGAAGGUUUCGACGGCUCCUGCUACGAGUUUGUGGCUCUGCAGCGAUCCUUUCUCAGCGCCCAAGGAUGGUGUGAGCGAGGUGGAGGGCACCUGGCCUUCAUCCUGAAUGAUGAAACACAACAGUUCCUUCAGAAGCACCUGCAGCCGGGGAAGGACUGGUGGCUUGGGCUGGCACCUGCGGCUCCAAACCUCACACUCGACUCUGCUGCCACUGAAGGUUCCCUUGCGUGGCUGGAUGGCUCAGAUGUAAGCUAUAGUAACUGGGUAAACAUGCCAGAUGUACAAGCAGCCUGUGGACAUAUCCUGAGACAUUCAGGCUUUCAGUGGGAAGCCACAGAGAACUGUAGCCAGGAGCUCAACUUUAUUUGCCAGUUUGAAUUUGGGAGAUCUAUCGCAUGCGAUGGCCAAAAUGCAACACUGCAAUGUGGUUCUGGUCAAGUUAUAGAGAUAGAUGACAGCUUCUAUGGUCGAAAAACAAUUCACUACUGCCGAUCCAAGCUCACAGCCUCGCCCUCAUCCACACAGGAGGAGUGCAGCUGGAUAGAUGUGAUGGACUCUGUAACAGCCCAUUGUCACGGACUGCAGGCUUGCCAGGCUCCGGCGGAUCAGAGCUCUUUUGGUGAACCAUGUCCUGUGCUGGGAAGUUACCUGUCUGUAGAGUACCACUGCAAACAUGGACUCCACCUGUUGAUGAGCAAGCUGGCGGCCGUCUUUGAUAAUGUCACCAUCACUGUGAAGUGGCUUCUUCAUCCUUUUGAGGGAAAUCUCACAUGUACCGUGAAUGCUGGAGAUGGCCACACUAUUGAUCCAUACAGCCCAGCAGAGAUGGAGAGCACUAUGAUGCAUAAAUUCAGCCGUCCUGGCGUUUUCAUGGUUGGAGUGGAGUGCACAACCAGUGACUGGCAUGUCACAGCUCAGAAAGCCAUAACCAUUCAGGAGCCCAUCAGAGAGUUUACUGUCAUUAAGUGCUAUAGCAGGAAUAUGUCAACAGGUGGCACUAAAUGCAAUGCACUCCAUCAUAGGCCUGUUCAGAUCCAAGUUAUGGUAGAGGCAGGUACAAAUGUUUCCUACACAAUUCAACAUGAAGGCCAUUUGGUUGCAAACUUAUCCGUGGACAGAGGGAUCACACCCCAUAACAUGACGCUAAGUGUAGAAGUGGUGGAGAAUCUUGGACAUGGCUGCCACAACUUGACUCUAACUGCCUCUAACAAAGUCACAGCCCAAAAAGUGUCCACUGAUCUGGAGCUGUGUCUGCUGGAGCCUGUCGAAGGCCUGCAGGCCUCUGUGAUAGCAGAGGAGGACGGUUGUCCCAACUCUACUGACCUCAACAUUAGUGUGUCAUUGGAGCGAGGAGCCCCUGUGGAGUUGCUCUUUACUCUUACUGGAGCCAGGGACUCUCUCUCAGAGACUAGAAACAUGUUCAGUGGUAGCUUACAAGCUUAUACGUUCUCCAACCCACUUGAAGGAUUGUUGCAGGUGAAGGUGCAAGCCAUGAAUGCCUUCUCCAGCUUUGAUGUGGAUGUGGACUUAGAGAGCGUACUUCAGGCAUGCCAGAGUUACUCUGAACAAUCACCAGAUGAACAUGAAGUCUCAGAAGACCUCGAGAAAUGUUACUCCAGAGCAGGAAGAAGGCCACUUAUUGAGAAGCAGGAUGGAAACACUGAAUAUGUUGUCCACAGUCAACAUCUGAAAGUUUCAAGGGACACGUUUCACAACAUCAGUGUGAUUGCUUAUGGCAAGGAGGAGCCAGGUUUUGUCAAAUACACUUUACCAGUACCAGGGCCGGAGCCAACUAACCCAGCUGCAACUGAUGCCCCUACAAGCCCCAGCCCACCCUCAUGCAAACAUCUGCGCUGCAGUAACGCACAUGAGGUGAAAUCUGUCUUCCUGCCUCUCGGAGAUAAGAGCAACAAUUACACUUUGUCUGUUGUGGUGACUGUAAAAAAUGAAUUUGAGAAAGCCACCACAAUUGUAUCCACUCAGGUGCUGAAAAGCAGCUCCAGCACCUCUGUGGAGGCUCUCCAAUCUGCAGUGCAGGAUAGUCUAAGUCAGUUAGAGCAGCAGGGUCUGCUCUCUGGUGUGUCUCUCGGACAAAUAUUCACUUCAGUAUCUGAUAUGCUGAAUGCAGAGGCCGGCCAGGAUCAGAAAGAUGCAAGGACGAAGCUCAGAGAGCAAAUGUUGACCAAAAUGACCACAGUCCUGCUAGACUCACCCAGCAACACAACUCAGGAAGUGCAAGUGACAGCCAGAGCUGUGGCUGGACUCACUCAGAGCCCAGAUGAGCUCAGUCCAGCUGCACAAGAAGAAGCUGGUUCAUUGUUGGUAGACCUCAGCUCCUCCCUCAACACUAUCAGUGCUAAUCAGAGCAGCAGAGAUGAUGGAGAAGUUGUGCAAGCAGCUACACCAAUAGUUGAAGCAGCCAGUAAUAUCUUGAAUGUUUCAUCAAGUGUAAGUCCUCAGAAAAAAGUCUCAGAUUUUCUGCUCACUGGGAUAAACAAUGUUCAAAGUGCUUUGCUGACAAACAAAAAGCUGAAUGGAGACCCAGCCAUCAUCGAUUCUGGUCAGAUCAGUGUGUAUGUCAACAGAGUGUCUCCAGAAAAGAUACAAAUGCAGGAUAUAAAUGUCCAGAAAAACACCUCCUCCAGAUUUUCCUUCCCCACACUGCCGGCUCAUAUCGUCUCUCCAGGGGAGCCGGUGGAUGUCAGAAUGAUGAGUUUUGAGACAAAUCCAUAUUCUUGGAAAGAGGAAAACAUCACAGGAACAGUAGGAUCCGUCUCUCUCACCAGAGUGAACGGCACCGUCAUCCAUGUAGAGAACUUACCUGAAGAGAUAGAGAUUCUCUUACCAAGGCUUGACAUCGGGCAGGGGAACAGCACGGUCCUGGACCUUGCCAAUUUCAGCACAUUAAUAAUUGACAUUCCCUCGCCGGACGUAACACUUGUGCUGAAAAUGGAGCCGUCUGAAGACAUUUCCUUCAUGCUAUUCCUGGAAUACAAAGAUUAUCCAGAUGAUAAGAAUCAUGUGGCUAAGACUCGGAUCCCAAAAGAGAAUUCCACAGAAGAGGAAAAAUAUACCUGGGUGCUGAGUCCCAAAGACAGAACAGGAGAUAUUGGAGUGCACUACCUUGUUAUGAAGCCAAUUGUAGAGCCAGGCGUCAAAUCCAUUAACGCCACUGUCACUGUCAUUUCCAUUGCUGCUCAGUGCAAAUACUGGAAAGAAACUGAGUCUUCUUGGAGUGAGGAUGGCUGCAGGGUUGGUCCACUCACCACACCUUUGGUCACUCAGUGCCUCUGUAACCACUUAACUUUCUUUGGCAGCUCUUUCUUUGUUAUGCCAAACUUGGUGGACGUGUCACGUACCGCAGAACUUUUUGCUACGUUCACAAACAAUCCUGUGGUGGUGUGUUUUGUGGGGGCCAUCUUCACUGCUUAUCUCCUUGUGGUCGUGUGGGCACGCAGGAAAGACAUCCAGGACUCAGCCAAGGUCAAGAUAACAGUUCUUGAGGAUAAUGACCCCUUGGCUGAGUAUCGUUAUAUGCUGAAUUUCAACACAGGACAUCGGCAUGGUGCAUCCACCUCCUCUCAGGUGACAAUAACUCUGCUGGGUACAGAGGGAGAAAGUGAGCCCCACCACCUGACAGACCCUGAGAAGCCAGUGUUUGAGAGGGGUGGGGUGGACAUGUUCCUGUUGACCACACACUUCUCCCUUGGAGACCUGCAGAGUAUCAGGCUGUGGCAUGACAACUCGGGAGCACAUCCUGCAUGGUAUGUCAACAAAGUAAUGGUGCAGGAUCUGGAGACUGGUCAAAAAUGGCACUUCCUGUGUAACUCCUGGUUGGCUGUAGAUGUGGGAGAGUGCACACUUGACAAGGUCUUCCCAGUUGCCACAGAGAUGGAUUUAAAGAGGUUUAGCAACUUGUUCUUCAUGAAGACAGCCAAGGAUUUCCGUGACGGCCACAUCUGGUUCUCUGUCAUUAGUCGGCCUCCUUGCAGCACUUUUACACGUGUGCAGCGAGUGUCCUGCUGUUUUUCCUUGCUGCUGUGCACCAUGCUGACCAGCAUCAUGUUUUGGGGCAUCCCUACUGACCCUUCUGAGCAGACCAUGGACUUAGGUCACAUCGAGUUCACCUGGCAACAGGUUAUGAUUGGAAUACAAAGUUCAAUCAUCAUGUUUCCCAUCAAUCUCCUCAUUGUGAGUAUCUUCAGAAAUACCCGUCCUCGAGACAAGGCCACCAAAACUGACGCCUCUAAACAGGGCAAGACUGUUCGAGUUUCUCCCUCACAGACCUCUUCCCCUCAGAAAGAGCUGAAGGACAUCACGCCAGACACUGUGAUCAAGGACAUAAAAAAAAUUGCUCAGUCACUCUCAAAGGCCAUGAAGAGUCCACUUCCUGACCUGGAGCUUCGGCCUGGUCAGCAGGCAGACAUCAACACUCUGCUGUCUCUGGUGGAGGACAUCAUCAGACAACAGAACCGAGUGGCUGGAGACUUCUAUACUGAUGCCUCCAAGAGAGAUUGCUCUAUGAUUCUCAGUUUACGUGCAGUUAAUCUACAAGAAAACAGUGUAUGGGGGAGCCCUGAGAAGACUUCAGAUGAAGUUCAGAAGAAGAGCAACAACAGACGAUACCUGUACAGGCAGCUGCGUCAUGUUGAGAAGGAGCUGGGUUUGUUGGGACCAUAUCGUUUUCCAAACCCAGACAGCUACAACCGAGCCAUGGAGCAGGUUCAGGGAAUGAAGGGUCUACUGGAGUACCACCUCCCCUCGUCCAGCCUGGAAGGAGACCAGCUUGAUGGCAGCCCCAGUCCAGAAGAGAGCAUCAACGGAGACACAGCCAAGAAACGCCAUCAAGGAGGGCUGCCAUGGUGGUUUGUGUUUGUGGGCUGGAUACUUGUGAUUGCAACCAGUUGUGUGUCAGGAUACUUCACCAUGUUAUAUGGGCUGACAUACGGGAAAGACCGCUCUAUAAGCUGGCUGAUCUCCAUGGUGGUCUCCUUCUUUGAGAGUCUCUUUAUCACUCAACCUCUGAAGGUUCUUGGUUUUGCUGCUUUCUUUGCUCUUGUUCUGAAGAAAGUUGACCAGGAGGAGUAUGGAGAGCCUCAGAUAGAUGAGAGCCUGAGGAACACAAAUGAUCCUGACACAGUGCGUGCAGCAAGAAGAGACAGCACAUGCAGUUUCUAUCAGCCACCACCCCCCACUGACAUCGAGAGGAUGAGGAACAACAUGAUCAAAGAGCAGAAAGUCUUUGCUCUUAUGAGGGAGAUUCUCACCUACAUGGGAUUUAUGUGGAUGUUGCUCCUGGUGGCGUAUGGUCAGAGGGACCCUAACGCUUACUUUCUGACCCAACACAUCCGACAGAGCUUCAGUAGAGAGAUCUCAGACAGUAUGAGUAUUCAGGAUGUAUUCAACUGGGCAAACACAACUCUGCUGAGCAACCUUUUUGGAGAGUACCCAGGAUUCAUCACAGAUGGAAAUUCCAAGCUGGUGGGUAACGCUCGCCUCCGCCAGGUGAGGGUGCGUAAUAACUCCUGCUAUGUGGCUCCCUCCAUGCAGCAGUCUGAGCGGGACUGCCACGCCCCAUACUCAUGGGACUUGGAGAAUAUGGGCUCCUAUGGUCCAGGUUGGAGCCACUUUGAGGGUGAUAACGCCUCACUGAACGUUCAUAGCCCGUGGACAUACCAGUCCCAGGGUAAACUGAGGGCCUACCCCAUCUGGGGCAGCGUCACGCUCUACAGAGGAGGAGGGUUUGUGGUGGACCUGGGGCCAGAUUUACAAAAUUCCAGCAGAACCCUUCAGUACCUUUUUGACAACACUUGGUUUGACGUGUACACCCAAGCAGUCUUUGUGGAGUUCACUGUGUACAAUGCCAAUGUCAACCUCUUCUGCAUUGUCACACUCAUGCUGGAGACCACGGCCAUCGGAGCUUUCCAGUUCCGCAGUGAGCUUCAGAGUGUGCGUCUUUACCAGUCGACCGGUGGCCUUCACAUCUUUGUCAUGGCCUCUGAAGCCAUCUAUUUUCUCUUCAUCGUCUAUUACAUGUUUGUGCAGGGAAAGCUGAUGAAGCAGCAGAAAUGGGCUUAUUUCAAAAUUAAGUGGAACCUGCUGGAGUUAGCGAUUAUCAUUCUCAGCUGGAGUGCGCUGUCCGUCUUCAUCAAGAGGACUUUACUGGGAAAGCGGGACAUAGAGUACUACCAGAACCACAAAGACCAAUACGCCAGUUUCCACGAGACAGCCAAGGCUGAUGCAGUGCUGGGGUAUCUUAUUGCCUUCCUGGUACUAUUAGCUACAAUCAAACUGUGGCACCUGUUGAGACUGAACCCAAAGCUGCAUAUGAUCACGGCCACUCUGCAGCGAGCAUGGACUGAUAUUUCAGGCUUCCUGGUGGUCAUGACCAUCAUGUUCCUGGCCUACUCGAUUGCUUCUAACCUGAUGUAUGGGUGGAAACUGUACUCCUAUCGGACUCUGCUGGAUGCUGCACAGACCAUGAUCAGCCUGCAGCUUGGUAUUUUUAACUAUGAAGAGGUUCUGAAUUACAAUCCAGUACUCGGUGCCUUUCUCAUCGGCUCCUGCAUCGUGUUCAUGACCUUUGUGGUGCUGAACCUCUUCAUCUCUGUCAUUCUUGUGGCAUUCAGUCAAGAGCAGAUACAUCACAAGCCAUCAGAAGAAGAUGAGAUUGUGGACUUGAUGCUUAUGAAACUCUGCAGUUUAUUUGGACUCAAAUGUAAGAAACAAGGAGGUGACUGCCCAGCUGAGAAGCCAGUUGUUUCAUCUGCUUCAAACAAUGGACUUUCGAUGAUUUCCCCUGGGAAUAUUCAUGAGGGUUAAUUUCAUCCUCUACAGUCAAACAGAAGCUGAAUAUUAUUAGACCUACAGAUUGCUUCGCUUCAAUUUUUGCCUGUCAUAGCUUGCUUCGUUUAUUAAAAACCAACAUGUUGUUGCUUGCACGUCUAGAAAUAAUAGCAUUUCUCUGCACUGCUGCAGAUCUGUCACUAUU